AUGGCCGCACGUAUACGCACUCUCAUGCCACCUUCUUUCCAUUCCCGGAUGAUUUUAAUCUACGGCAAUAUUCCGAGGGAACAUGAGACUCCGUAGCAACUCAAUCCGAACAAGAGAACCGAGGCGCAGAGCCCGCAGAGGGGCCACAGGGUCUUGCUUGGAGGAAUCCCAGCUGACAACCCCCAUGCAGGUGACCAGUGAUGGACACAGAAUCAGGCCCAACUGAAAAUUCAAUCAAUGAAGAGGUAAACACUGAGCAUGUACUGAACCCCACGGAGAGAAUCAUUUUAAGCGUCUUCCUGGCGACACUCAUUAUCAUGACCGUCCUCGGAAACCUCCUGGUCAUGGUGGCUUUGUGCAAAGAUCGACACCUGAGGAAAAAGAAGACCAACUACUUCAUUGUGUCGCUGGCAUUUGCCGACCUCUUGGUGGCGCUGGUGGUGAUGCCUUUUGCAGCUAUUGAGCUGACCACAGGCCGCUGGAGUUACGGGGACACCUUCUGUCUGGUCCGAACCUCUCUGGAUGUCCUGCUGACCACUGCCUCCAUCCUGCACCUGUGCUGCAUCGCUCUCGACAGGUACUACGCGAUCUGCUGCCAGCCCCUGGUGUACAGGAACAAGAUGACACCUAUAAGAGUGGCUCUGAUGCUGGGAGGAUGCUGGAUCAUACCAUCUUUCAUUUCUUUCCUUCCCAUAAUGCAAAGCUGGAAUGCCAUUGGCAUCGAAGACUUAAUCGAAGAGAGGAAGUUCAGCAGCGUUGCCAAUGAGACGAACUGUGUGUUCCUGGUGAACCGCCCCUACGCUCUCAUAUGUUCAGCUGUGGCGUUCUACGUGCCCCUGGGGCUCAUGGUGCUGGCCUACCAGCGCAUCUAUGUGACGGCCAUGGAGCACGCCCGGCAGAUCGGCACGCUCCAGCGGGCGGGGUCGGCCCCCGACAGCUUCUACGGCCCGGACCACCAGGGCUCCAGCCGCAUGAAGAUCGAGACGAAGGCGGCGAAGACGCUGGCGGUCAUCAUGGGCUGCUUCUGCCUGUGCUGGGCGCCCUUCUUCAUCACCAACGUGGUGGACCCCUUCAUCCGCUACAGGGUCCCCUGGCAGGUGUGGACCGCCUGGCUGUGGCUGGGCUACAUCAACUCGGGCCUCAACCCCUUCCUGUACGCCUUCCUGAACCGGGCCUUCCGCCGGGCCUUCCUCAUGAUCCUGUGCUGUGGGGAUGACCGCUACAGUCGCCAUGGCAGCUUCAGCCCCCCCCGGCCCUACUCCGCCUCUGUCAACGGCACCUCCAUCGCCCUCAGGAACACGUGUUUUGAGGUUCCCUCCCCCACUCUUCAGGAGCUCCUGAGGCACAGCUUCAACGGAGGGGCGCAGUGCCACCACACCCCAUGAAUUAGCUUUUCUUCCGAAUAGGAGCAGCAGCGAUACCGGGCGGAGGAUCCUGUCCAGUGAGCUGGAGUCUCUGGAGUCAGCCUGCGGACCCUAGCACAGGGGUCGGCCUGCGGACCGUAGCACAGGGGUCGGCGGCAGUGCUCAGGAGGUCCAUGGACGAGCAGGAGCGCACGCUGAUGCACGAACCGUAUCCCCGACACAGUCCAACCACUCCCUCGUGUCAAGGAGGACAGACAUGGCUGCUGGACUGCAGAGUUGGAAUAGAUCAGUUUGUCCCGCCCACGGUCUCUCUGUGAACUUUGUAUACUGCAGGACCACGUUGUAGAGGUCAAAGGGAACAUUUUAGAGAAUUUACUUCGGCGCAAUGGAAACCACACUGCCCAUGGGGUUCCUGAAGGUCGUCUUUCUAUGAGGGAACAUGUACUGCUAUGAACUAGAUGUUGGGCUUGUCCUCUGCAUUACAGUAACCCACACCACACAGUCCUCACUGAGGUAGUGGAUUCCAUCCUUACUGAAGGCUUCAUCUUCUGCAGGAAACGCAGAGAAGUAGACAGGGAUAGCAUGGGUCACGCCCUUCUCGCCAGCCACACAAGGACCAAAGACUUCCACAGAUGCUUUAGCAUGAGGAUCGAGCUGGUGAUGACUGGGCAAAAAACCCAUGACCGUGAUUACUCUGUGCACAAGUCUGAUGGGUUGACAUGGACAACUGCAGUUGGUUAAAUGCAACCUCGUUUUUCUGGAGACCAAUAUUCAGUGGCAAAAUGUUUGCUCUAGUGUUGUUGUCUGUGGCACUUAGAUAAAGGGAACAUUAUUGUUUAUAUUCCGUUAAUCGGCACUAAAUUUUUUUUUUUUUUUUUUUGUGGGGAGGGGGGGUGUACCUGGCAUCCUGGCUCCUGUCUAGGUUUUUCCCUGUUGCAUUUUACCCAAAUGUCCAGGACAGGGCACUUUAAACAUGCACACAAAUGUAAGAAAAUAGUAUUUAUUUCAAUGCACACCUUCAGCUUCGAAAAAUGAGGAGCGCCGAUGCCUUUUGUUACUAUGUGACAGUCUUUUUUUAAUGGUCUGGUUUUUGUGUUGGAGUGUGUCAUGUGCGUGAAAUUGACGUGGUUAACGGUAACUGUGCGAGUGGGGGAGAAAUCUCGGGAAAGUGAAAUGAAUGGACAUUUUUUGCUUGGUUGAGUUCCUCAUGGCCUUGAAUAAAGCGCUUUCCUCUGC